UGUUUUUGGUAAAAGCAAGAGAUACUAGAAAAGAAAUUUAUUUUCUUGUAAUUUUUCCAUAUAAACCAUAGUCUUCCCCAAAAUAAGAGGAACCAAAAGUACCCUCACAUAUCACACAAGUCACAUAAAAGUUGCCUCACACGUCCCAUCUUUCUUCUACCCCUACCCCUAUCUACUUCUCAAUUGGAGUACUAUAAUUAUAUAAGUAAAUGAAAUUUUAUCUCCAUUGAAUCCUCACAUGAUCAACAACUUACUCUUCUUUGAUCAGCUUUUCUGUUACAUUUGAAGCAAAGUGUUUUUGAUUGCUGUUAAAACAAGUUGUUUGUAGAAUCGUGACAAGUGCGUGUAUAAAUAGUUUUGUGAUUGUGUAGUUGGAAGUGAAGAGAAUGAUGUUGGAUCUCAAUUUAAGUGUAAUGUACAAUGACCUUCCAGGAGUUUCUGUAGCUGAUGAAUCAGGGACGUCCAAUUCAUCCUUACGAAAUGCGGAUGCUACAACUAGUGCCGGCGAUGACGAUUCGUGUUCAACACGCGCCGGUGACUUGUUCGCUUUCAAUUUUGGCAUCCUCAAAGUUGGAGGACCUGAAACUAGCAACAACGAUGAUAGAGUUACUCAUUCCCAAUUCGUCACUCGGCAGCUGUUUCCGGUUCAUGACGGUGACUUGAACCGAAAACAGACCGAUCGGGUCAUUCUCUCCUCCGUUCAAUCCGGUUUUAGAGAUGUGCGAACAGUACAACCACAUAAACCGGAGCAAGCGAAACAGCAAGUGAAGAAGAGUAGAAGAGGGCCAAGGUCAAGAAGUUCACAGUACAGAGGCGUCACUUUCUACAGGAGAACUGGUAGAUGGGAAUCGCAUAUAUGGGACUGUGGGAAACAAGUAUAUUUGGGUGGUUUUGAUACUGCUCAUACAGCAGCAAGAGCUUAUGACAGAGCUGCAAUUAAGUUCAGGGGUGUUGAUGCUGAUAUCAACUUUAGCUUAAGUGAUUACAAGGAGGAUAUGAAACAGACGAAAAACCUUGGUAAAGAAGAAUUUGUGCACUUGCUGCGACGCCAUAGCACUGGUUUCUCAAGAGGGAGCUCCAAAUUCAGAGGAGUGACACUACAUAAAUGUGGCAGAUGGGAGGCUCGGAUGGGACAGUUCCUCGGGAAAAAGUAUAUAUAUCUUGGGCUAUUCGACAGUGAAGUAGAAGCUGCAAGGGCUUAUGAUAAGGCGGCAAUUAAAACUAGCGGAAGGGAGGCUGUUACCAACUUUGAACCAAGUGCAUAUGAAGGGGAAACAAUGUCUGAACCUCAAAAUGAAGGUAGCCAACAUGAUCUUGAUCUGAACUUGGGGAUAUCGACCUCUUCUUCAAAGGAAAAUGACAGGUUGGGAGGUUCUCGCUAUCAUCCUUAUGAUAUGCAAAACGCAACAGAACCUAAGAUGGAUAAACCUGGUCCAGUAAUAGUUGGAAGUUCAAAUCUCAAGGGACUACCAAUGACGUCCCAACAAGCUCAGUUGUGGACUGGAAUCUAUUCUAAUUUCUCUUCCGGCUACGAGGGAAGAGCAUAUGACAAGAGAAAGGAUAUAGGUUCAUCACAAGGACCUCCAAAUUGGGCAUUGCAAAUGCCCAAUCAGGUUGAUACAACCACCCCAUUGACAAUGUUCUGCACGGCAGCAUCAUCAGGAUUCUUCACUCCAUCUACUACUUCUAUCACUUCUUCAGCAUCUGCAUUGGCAACGUCAACAAAUGCCUCACAGUGCUUUUACCAGAUCAACCCCCGCCUACCACCUCCAUAACAUGUCUUCCUCUGUAACUAGUAAUAUAGGUAUUAAACAAAGUCAUUGUUUUCUUUUGUAAGAAUGAAAUGUCAAGUCAAUGACAUUUUUGUGGAUUUGAUAAUUUUUAGAGCUGCUUCAGGAUCUGAUAGGUAAAGAUUCAAACUUCCCUUGCAGAUUGGCUAUAGUAUUUGUACUAUCCUUGCUUA